AUGAAGAAAGAACACCGGCGGUGGACGUGGGAAUCACCCAACGGUACGGACUCGUGCGGAGAUCGACCACAUUCUCACCAACCGACCGGCGGUGGACGUGGGAAGCACCCAACGGUACGACUCAUGCGGAGAUCCACCACAUUCCCACCAAGCGAAGGUGGUGCUUACUGGACGUCUCAGUUGUACCAUCCUUCAGCAGUGGUUCAGAUAACCGCCUCCUUCUUGCAAAAGUGCGAUUCAGGCGAAAGCGGAAAAGAAGAUCUGUCACCGUGUUGGAGGAAGAAAAGAAGUCCUAUAUGA